GAGAAUAUUGUCAGCGUGGACCUCACCUCGCCCGCAAACUGCUAUGUGGCUCGCUGGAGGUUCGCCAUACUUGUGGGCAAGCAGCAGGGUUUUGAUACCAUCAUUUUCUUAUACCAGCAUGAGACUCACAUUUAUGUCCUCUUCAACCCCUGGUGCAAGGAGGAUGAAGUGUAUUUCGCGGAAAAGGCAUUGCUCAACGAAUAUGUCCUUAACAGUCAUGGUAUCAUUUUUAUGGGCUCCCACGAUCGCAUUGUCCCUAAGGCUUGGAACUUUUGUCAG